GGGAAAAACAAAUCAUUUGGAUCGUUGGUGUGCCCCUUCCUCGGUGAAGGGGAGCGAGAGGGGAGUCCGAAAUAUCCCUCCCCGGUAGGGUGCCCUGCUGCAGCUGCUGUGUGUGAUGGAGCAGAUGGAGAACGCCUGGAAUGCCGGCGCUAACGCGAGGUGACGGGAUGGCCGUCGGGAUGGCGAUGGGAAGCGGAGGGAGCAGGAGUGGGUGGUGCAGCCAGGCUGGUCCCCAAGCGGGUGACACAGCUGUGGAGCAUCUCCAGGGGGUCAUUUUGGGUGCUGUCAGCAGUGCCCCUCUCCAGGUUUGAUGUUUUGGAGGAACUGCGCUGUGCAUCCCAUCCCAAAGCUGGGUGGGUGAAGGCACUUGUUGAAGUGAGUUAAAUUCCUGCGCCCUCAAAGCUGGGAUGUCUGUUUUGUUAAUUGCCUUUGCAGCCAUAAACACAUUUCUGGAUCCGUGGGUUUGGUACUGGCUCGUUGGCGUAUUGCAUUCCCACAUCCCUGGGGCAGGCAAGGACCAUGCUGAGCAUGGCAGGUGUCAAAUGCUGGGCUCUCCACAACUGCAAGCAUCUGCUCCCAGUGCGGGGCUGGGAUCGAGGGAUCAGACUGGCAGAGUGAGGGUGCAGGAGCCUUUUGGCCCAGGGGUUGUCUGUGUUUAAAGAUCCUCCUCCUGGAGGACCCCUUUUCCCACCUAGGAGAUCUUCCAGGCAGGAAGGUGCUGUUCCCAUCUCGGGGUACACUGAGUGAAGGAACCCAGGCCUGCUCCUGGGUUGCUUCCAGAAAUGUCAGAAAUAGGGGUUUUAUAUAACUAUAUAUUCACUGUUCCAUCAGACUGAGAUAAAUUUGACCAGACUUCAGCUUUUUUCAGCUGAGAUGCUUUGGGAAAUGUGGCAGCACCUGCAUCCCUGCUGGGGGAGGAAGACGAGUGCAGGGGAUGGUAAAAGCUGGGAUAAAACCUGCCCUGGGAGCUCUCCUGUCUGAGGCUGAGGAUAUUUUGGAGCUGAUGCUGAAAAAAUAACAAGCCCCUGUAGCACUUUUGCUUUAAAGCUGUUGCUUUGCAGUCAUCGCAUUGUUUUUUGCUGAAUCCAGGCUGACACGCUGCUUUUGGGGCAGGAGCUGAUUAUUUUCCCCCUAUUUUUCAUUUUUCCUGCCUACCCAAGCUCUCUGGCAAUAGAAAUACCCCUUCAAGCAGGGAACGUGGGGUUUGGACACAGAGGUCACCUCUGCUCUGACCCAACGGCACCAAGACCCUGCCUGGGAAGGAUGUUGUGCAGGGAUGCAGGAAGGCAGGCAGUCCCCAAAGCCCAAAUCAUCCAAGAAAGAAGCUGGAGCCGCACUCCAGGACAACUUGAAGCAGCCAAAAUUAGCCCAAAGCCCAUUUGCCCCCAUCCUGAUGAGCCCACGGUCCAGAGACUUGUCCUUGCCGUGGUUUUCCUUGGCCUCUCAGUGCUGUUGGAGGCAGCUCUGAUUUUCAGGCUUCCUUCCAUGCCACUGCAGAAAGGCACUGCGGGGCAGAGCUGGCCUGGGAAAUAAUUGGGCAGCCGGCGUAGAAAAUGAGCAACGAGGGGAAAAAGGAGUAGGAAUAACCCUGAUUUUCCUGCUUGUCCAUCAGCGUCCGGCUCGCUCUGCACGUGUUUCCCACGGCAGCGCUGAGAUUGAGCAUCCCAGGACAGGGGAGUGACCACCACGCUCCAGCUGCUGCCGCCUCGUGCUGAGACUCUGACCAGCACCACCAACACGGACCACAGGGCUGUGCUGGUGCUGCUGCACGGCUUCUCCCCCGCCAGGGCUCCGGUUAUGCGGUGAGGAUCCGCAGCUCCACGGGCACCGUUUUUUCCUGGCUGUGAAAGGUUAUAACUGAGUAGCCCUUAUGACCAACAUGAGCUGGAGCUUCCUCACCCGCCUGCUAGAAGAGAUUCACAAUCACUCCACCUUCGUGGGGAAGGUCUGGCUCACCGUGCUCAUCGUCUUCCGCAUCGUCCUGACGGCGGUGGGGGGCGAGUCCAUCUACUCCGAUGAGCAGAGCAAGUUCACCUGCAACACGAAGCAGCCGGGCUGCGACAACGUCUGCUACGAUGCCUUCGCGCCGCUGUCGCACGUCAGGUUCUGGGUCUUCCAGAUCAUCAUGAUCUCCACGCCCUCAGUCAUGUACCUGGGCUACGCCAUCCACAGGAUCGCCCGCUCGGCCGAGGAGGAGAAGAAGUUCAAGGGGUUCAAGAAGAAGAAGCAGUUUGCCCUGAACUGGCAGGCCGUGCGCAACAUGGAGGACGCCAUGGAGGCCGACGAGGAGGAGCCCAUGAUCUCCGACGACGCGGCCGAGCACGAGAAAGCCAAGCCCAAGCCCAAGUGCAAGGAGCAGCAGAAGCACGACGGGAGGAGGCGCAUCCAGCAGGAGGGACUGAUGAAAAUCUACGUCUUCCAGCUCCUCACCAGGGCUUCGUUUGAGAUUUGCUUUUUGAUAGGGCAGUAUUUGCUCUACGGUUUUGAAGUGGAAGCUUAUUACGUCUGCAACAGGGUCCCUUGUCCCCACACCGUGGACUGCUUUGUGUCCCGGCCCACGGAGAAGACCAUCUUCCUCCUGGUGAUGUAUGUGGUGAGCUGCCUGUGCCUGCUGCUGAACAUGUGCGAGAUGUUCCACCUGGGAUUCGGGACCAUCCGCGACGCCAUCCGCAACCGGAAAAUCAACAGCUUCCGGCAGCCCCCCUACAACUACGCCUACCCCAAGAACAUCUCCUGCCCUCCCGAGUACAACCUGGUGGUCAAAUCCGAGAAGUCCACCAAGAUCCCCAACAGCCUGAUGGCCCACGAGCAGAACUUGGCCAACGUGGCUCAGGAGCAGCAGUGCACCAGCCCGGAUGAGAACCUGCCGGCUGAUCUGUCCACCCUGCACAAGCACCUGCGGGUGGCCCAGGAGCAGCUGGACAUCGCCUUCCAGAGCUACAGCAGCACCCAGGCCAACACGCAGCCCUCUCGGACCAGCAGCCCCGCCUCGGGGGGCACCGUGGUGGAGCAGAACAGGGCCAACACCGCCCAGGAGAAACAAGGUGCUAAACCCAAGGCCUCCUUGGAGAAAGGCAGCUCCAGCAGUAAAGAUGGGAAGACGUCUGUGUGGAUAUAACUCUGCCAGGAAGGCGAGAGGGCAGCGUGAGCGGGGUUUUUAUUUUGGUGUGUUUCUGGUUUUCAGUGUUAUCUCGAGUUCGUUUCGCAGGGCACAGUUUUUGUGUGGAAGUCAAGAGAGUAAAAGGAGCUUCGGACCAAUUUAGUGCUGUCUUCCAGUGUGUUAACAAAAGACAUUUCUUCCCUGUUUCCAAUGUGUUCUCCAGCUGGGAACCUCCAGUGAGUGACAGGAACCUCCAGUGAGUAACAGCAAACCCCCCACACCUCCCAGCCCUUGGGUCACCACCGGAGCCCCCAGCAGAGACUGGACAAUGUGCUGUGGUGGGAAGAGGAGCUGCUGGUGGCUCAGGAGGAAAGUCAGGCUGACAGGGAUCAGCCACCCUCCUGCAUGGCAAGGCUCGAGUGCUGCAGGCAAGGCAGUGUUUAAUUACUAAAUACCCUUAAUCAAAUUAAUUUCUGAUCCUUUGAUAAGAAAACCACUGACAUAUUGCACGGACCUUCAAGGCAGGCUCACAGCUGAUGGCCUGCCUGGGCUGGCAGCUGCCAAUGAAGGCCUCGUUGGAUGCUGUGAGCCAGGAGCUGGCACCCACACCAGGUCUGGGGCAGGAACACCGUGACUGCCUCACACAGGGAGACCUAAAACCAGCACAGGGCUGAAGGUUUCAUCUUUUCUUCCUCUGUGUCGAAGCAAAAAGCAAAUCUGCUCCAAACCCUCCGGAGCAGGAGCAAGCAGUGACAUUGCGUCCUACUGGUGCCUGUGUAGCACUUGCUACAGAUGUGAUGGGAAUUGUUGUAGUUACAGAGUUUUUAACAAACUGCUGCUUCACAUCAUCAGAAAGUGCCUUUAUGCAACCAGGAAAACAAAAGUGUAAAGGGUUUAGGCUCCUUUACUUGCUGAAUUUUAGACGAUCAGCAUCGGCAAAUUUGUUUUUCUGAUUAAUUGAGGAAAAGCACUGUUGGCAAAUUUGUUUUUCUGAUUAAUCAAGCCCUUAUAAAUAGUGGCAGGUGGCAGAUCUAGGAAUAGUGUGUCUCUGGUGUGUGUGUGUGUGUGUCCAUGUAUAGAUACAGACACGUACGAACACGUGUGUGUGCACAUAGACAUAGCGAAAUAGGUGUAAAUGUAAUAUCAACCCUCUGCUCCUUCCACAGCCUUCCACCUCCCCUGGGAAAACCCAGCUGCUCCAGGACUGGGGCUGAUCUCAUCCUGGAGCAGUCCUGGGGCUUUUAGCCUCCAGCCCCACCCGGGGAACUGGGAGGAUUCCCACAUUUGCUUGGGGGCAGGGUUGCAGAAGGUCUGGCUGCAGUGGGGACAGGACCAGGACAGCAGCAGGAAGUUUUUCCCGAGUUUAUGAGAAGUUGUUUUCAGCUGGGCUUGGCUUUAGGGUGGUUUCCAUGCACUUAAAGUACUUGGGGUGCAUGUUAAGAUCAAGCUGCUGAGCUCCAAGGCUCCUACUGUGCUUUGUCAGGGUGGUUUCAUCAUCACCACAGGGACCCCAAACAGGCAGAGCCUUCAAGAUCAAACCUGUUGCAGAAGAAGUAAAUUCUCCCUGAACACAGCACUGUCCCUGUGCCAAGCUGUUCCCUCAGGCUGUGCCAGUAUGUGUUACCCAUUGGAUAUUCACGACUUCUCGCUGGACAUCACCCUCGUGUCCUUGAGAUCAGUCCCUAAAAGCCCUGAGGAUGCCUGUUCCCCGAGUGCCCAGCCCUUUGGCCAUUCUUGGGAACAGCAGAGAAUUUGGAUAUGCCCUUCAUCUCCUGGGAACCUCGGCUGAGCUGUGCCAUGCAUUAGAGAACAGUCCUGGAAGCAAAAACGUAGAAUUAAAAGGACAGCAGAGAAACAUCCUACGAGGUACCCAGCAGCUAAUAUUCAGCUCUGUGGCUUUGUGUAACAGUCUGGGGAGCACUUCCAGGCUCGUUCCUGCUCCUGCUGAAGGCAUUCAUUGGUAAAAUGCCUGGAAUGCUGUUUGCUCUUGCUGCUGGAGAUCUUCCCCUGACAAAUGGAUAACUAGAUCCAGGAGGAGGAUCAGCACAGCAGCACUCAGUAGGAACAUCCAUCCAUCCCCUUCUGCUGGGAAUUUUGCUGGAAAGGCUCAAAAAGGUCACACCACGGUGGUGGGGAGGCAAACAUACCCAACCACGCUGUUUGUCCUCGUCCCGUGUGUGGGAAUGUGCUCCCUGCUGGCUGGGGAUGUGCUGGGCAGAGCAGGAGAGGCUGGGUGCUCACAGGGCUGCUGUCACCUGGCAAAAAUGCCUGCAGGGCCACAGCCCAGGCUGCUGGGGAGGAGAGAGAGGUGAUCCUGGGUGGAAAUUUGUUCCCUGGUCACUGCAGCUGUCCAGGGCAUGAGCUUGUCCUCUGCAUCAGUGGGACUUCUCUUUUAUUCCCAGCCCUGUGUCCCAGGGGAAAUCGCGUGCAUUUAAAGUUGUGAUCCCAAGGGAAGGAUGGAAACUCUGAGGAUAACCAUGGUUGGAUGCUGCCUGGGUUCUUCUGAUUCCUUUUCCAUGAGCAACAAUACCACAGCCCCGGAUAAACCUGUGCUUCCCACACGAUGCUGGAAGGCACUGUCCCAUGCAGGAGUUGGGAUUUGGGAUUUCUGCUGCCCGUACCAGCAACACCUCCCUCAGCACCAGACAUGGCCUGAGCACUUCCUGGUGACUCAGAUCUGCCCCUCCACUCCUGCUGACCUGCAGAACCCCCCAUGAGUCACCACACCAGGGAUAGGAAUGUGACUUCCUUGCUCUUGCUCCAAACAAUCUUGGCAAACGCAUCGCCGUGGGGAAAGAUGGGGGGCAGGGCAGAUUUUGAGCCCAAACCCCCAAACCUGGUCACAGAGACCUGAUCAACUCAUUAAACCCAGUGUAUGCAGCAGGGCUGCAUCUGCUGCCCCAGCAAUAGAGGUGGGCAGUGCCCAUGGGAGGAGAUUCCAGGUUCAGGGCAGGAGGAUGGGAAAAGACCAUGGAUCUUCUUGCCAACUUGCCACCAUCAAACGACUCUCUAAAGGGUGACAUGAACCCCCUCUCUGCAACCCCAUGGAGACAUGGAGAAGUCUCAUGCCUUUAAUCUCUGCAUAUUUUGGGUGUUUGAAGACUGCUUUCACCCUCAAAUCUGCUUUAAGCUGAACACCUCCAGUCUCAUCAACCUUUCUCCAAGGGCUGCUUUUCUGGGGUGGUUUUCCCUGGUGUCUUUGAACCAACACCAGCCACUCCACAACUUCCCACCAGAGUGGCAGUGCCAGUCCUUGUGCCACAUUCCCUUCCUUCUCCUCUUCAUGCACUCUGGUCCUCCCCAAAACCCCAUCUCCUGCAGGCCUGGGGAUUGCUCCCCUCUCCAGGUGUGUGGCUGUACAGUGGGGACCUUCCUGGCAUCCUUCAAACCCCCUUUUUAUGGUCACACAGUGAACCAAGGGGACUCUGAGUGACCCGUGGGUCCUGCAGAGGGUUUGGAGCCUCUUCCCAGCUGGUGUCACCCUCACAUCUCAUACGCACACGCUGUUUUCCACAGGGAGAGUCAAUAACUGCAAUAUUGACGAGUACCAGACCCAGGGCAGACUCUUGGGGGAUCAAUAAUCCCCUCGUCGGGCAGGGACACAGGGUAACCACUCCCAGCCCUGCUCAUCCCUCAGGCCUGGAGUAUUUCCCUGCAUAACAUCUCUUCCCAAUGGGAGCUGAUCCUGAUUUCCCACGUUUUCCAAGCGUUUCGACAGGGACUCAAGCACAAGGGUGUAUUCCCAGCAGGAAUGCUCUGGUGUCAUGGGUGCCUGGCAGGGAUGCAAAGUUGCCUGUGAGGUACCAGCCAGCCUGGAGGACACUGCAGAUCCUCUGAGGCUGGGGAAGAGGGAUCCCAGUUCUCCCAGGUCCCAUCUGGGCCACACACUGCAGCCAGCACGGGUCAGACAGCCCUAGGAACAGAAAAGAUUAUUAUUAUUCUUUAUAUAUAUACUGAUUUGCUCACUUUCCCCCUUCCUCCUCUACUCUGUGACCUCUAAACCCUUUAGGAUGUUGGGUUUUCCCACUGAGUCACUGCCACAAAGGUGACCAAAUGCAAUGAUGACUCUGCAGGAAUGACUCCUUUCGGGGCAGGAGCAACAGUCCCUUCUUUUUUCCUGUCAGCUGGGGCAGGAAAAGGAUGGAGCAGCAAAAUAUUCAUAGCCACAAGCAAAAUCCCCACCACAACCAUUCCUAACUCAACCAGCAGCUCAAGGAAAUUCAUUUGGAGGGCGGAGUAUCAGCCAUGGAAGAAAUGCCAAUGGCAUAAUUAAUGCUUUGCUUUUUUUGUGUGUUUUCUCCAGGUAGCAGUUUUGUCCACACACAAGACAGGUUUAGCUUUGUGGCUGAACUAAUUGUAAAUGUUGAUUCUCUCGCUAAACUUGGUCAGAUAAAGUGCCCACACUUAUAUUUCUCUUCUUACCAUUCAGGGCCAGGAAUGUCCCACAAAAUCCAGAUUACCUUCUUGCUUGCAUUGCAUUCCACUGGGAAAUACUUGAACUUAACUCAAGGCCAUAACCAGUCUGUGCUGUUACAAAGCGUCUGGGAUUGUUUUCUUUUUAUUUUUCUGGUUGUUAAUUUUUUUUUUUUAAUGUACUAACUGUAUUUGUACUAGAGAUUUUUGGAGUAUGAGGUUGAAUCUGUAAGUAUUUUUCAGUGUAAAUGUUACAUCUGGGCUGUAGUUAGAAUAUGAAACACUGGUCAAAAGGGAAAGGGACAUCAGCCCAACUCAACUGUGGCUAUUCCACAUCCAUUACUAAUAACAUGGAAUAAAACUUACAUUUUGUUACAGUA